GACAAAUUUCUUCUUCUUCUUCUUCUUUGGGUUCGAGUUCGAGAGAAAAUUUUUGUUUAGUUAUGGCAUUAGCUGUUACUUCUUCUUCAACCGCGAUCUCUGGAACUAGUUUCUCGCGUUUAGGAUCUUCUAUCGAUCCUAAAGCUCCACAAAUCCGCUCUCUGAGGUUGUCGGAUCGAACCCAUGUCGCAGCUUCGUCGGUCGUGCACAUGUCUCAGAGACGCUCCUCCUUAAAACGCAGCGAAUCCGUUGUUCCUCGAGCCGCAACUAUAUCUGCUUCUCCUGAAGUGGAAGAGAAGGUUGCCGUCGAGGAUUUCGGUCAGCUCGCAAAGGAACUCAACAAUGCUUCUCCGCUCGAAAUUAUGGACAAAGCUCUCGAGAAAUUCGGAAACGACAUCGCAAUCGCUUUCAGUGGUGCAGAAGAUGUGGCAUUGAUCGAGUAUGCUCGCUUAACUGGGAGACCCUUCAGGGUUUUCAGCUUGGACACCGGCAGGCUUAACCCAGAAACAUACAGGUUCUUCGAUGCCGUCGAGAAACACUACGGAAUUCGCAUCGAAUACAUGUUUCCUGAUGCGGUUGAAGUUCAAGGAUUGGUGAGGAGCAAGGGCUUGUUCUCUUUCUACGAAGAUGGGCAUCAAGAGUGUUGUCGUGUGAGGAAAGUAAGACCCUUGCGUCGUGCCCUGAAGGGUCUUCGUGCUUGGAUUACCGGGCAGAGGAAAGAUCAAUCUCCCGGGACGAGAUCCGAGAUCCCCGUCGUGCAGGUCGAUCCUGUGUUUGAAGGAAUGGACGGUGGGAUCGGUAGUCUGGUUAAGUGGAACCCUGUUGCUAAUGUGGAUGGUGGUGACGUUUGGAACUUCCUGAGGACAAUGGACGUGCCGGUGAACUCGUUGCACGCUCAGGGUUACGUCUCGAUCGGGUGCGAGCCAUGCACGAGGGCGGUGCUUCCAGGGCAGCACGAGAGAGAAGGAAGGUGGUGGUGGGAAGAUGCUAAGGCCAAGGAAUGUGGUUUGCACAAGGGGAACAUCAAGGAGAACGUUAAUGGUGACAGCGGAGAUAAUCAUGGAAAAUCACCAGUUGUCGAGGAUAUAUUCGAGAGCAAGAACUUGGUUACAUUGAGCAGAGCAGGAAUCGAGAAUCUGAUGAAACUAGAGAACCGAAAAGAGCCAUGGAUCGUCGUCCUCUACGCCCCGUGGUGCCCUUUCUGUCAGGCAAUGGAGGAAUCGUACGUGGAAUUGGCCGAGAAACUCGCCGGAAAAGGAGUGAAGGUGGCGAAAUUCAGAGCAGACGGUGAUCAGAAGGAGUUUGCGAAGAAGGAACUUCAACUGGGAAGCUUUCCGACGAUCCUUCUCUUCCCGAAAAGCGCUUCGAAGCCGAUAAAGUACCCGUCGGAGAAGAGAGACGUUGAUGCGCUCACGUCGUUCGUGAAUUUGCUCCGAUGACAGAACCGGGAAAUCCGAAGAUGAAAUCCGUCAAAGAAAGGCUACUUUUUUUUUUUAGAUCGAGAUGAAGUAAUGAUUCAUCCGAAUCUUAGUUAUGGAUCAAAAAGAGUAUCAAAAGGCUCCGUCUUUUUGUUUGUUUGUUUGUACAUUGUGUUGUGUUUGUACACAAUCUUGGGUUUGUAUGAGAUCUUUGUCCGAAAGUUCAGUUUAUUCCUCGUUUAGGCGUGUACACUGAGAUGAAACUGGUUCA